AUGUCUGCUCUUACUUCUGCAGCGCUGAGUCAAUUAGACCAGCUUAAUAACCAAGGAGGAUUGCCAUCCCCUCCAUCUUCACAAAACACCUGGGAGACAGGGUCAGACUGCUCUUACUACUCACUCUCUGACUUGAUCUUGGACAAGUGGUACCGACAAAUCCCAGCAAGCCAGGUCAGGGAGCAGGCAAAGCAGAUUCCAGCUAGCCCUAUGUCAAGCCAGUCCAUAUACCCGCGACAAUUUUACAACAGAGAGAACCUCUCUCUCCAGUCGUCGGGUCCCUGGAAAGAGUACCCGUUCUGUCUGAACAAGGGUUAUAUGUCUGGGUCACCCGGCCCAGUACGUAUUAUCACCAACUCUGCUGCGCCUGGGGAGUUUGAUGUGGUGUACCAUCCGGCAAGGACAGAGAACUCAGCUUGUCUGGCUAAGUACCGGCCAAAGGGGUAUCAAAAGGGUGCUGUACCAAAGCCCCUCCCCUCGAGCGAGCCGAGCAGCCAGUCAACCUCAAGUUCGAGCGGUAGCGCCUCUUCACUGCAGUACAACCCGUAUAUCGCUGCUCAUAUGGCGGGGUACCAGCAGGGAAUCACGGCUGCUUACUAUGCCCAGAGUCUGCCGGUGGCUUAUGCUGUACCUGUCUUAGUACCAGCGGUCACGUACCCGUAUAUUCCUGCUUACGGCCAGUAUUUAUACUGA